AUGCUUGGACUUGUUGAAUACUUUCUUCUAAUCUCAUCUCUCGCUCUCCUCUUUGCUCUAAUCUCCCGCUACAUCUCCCGCACCGCCCGUCACCGUCCCCUGACCCAACCUACUUCCUCUCAUGCCACCACCCCUGUUCCACCCUUUACGGUUCCUGCUGUAGACCAGUCAUUUGACUGGUCACGCGAACCGCCGCGUCCAUACCGGCCAUACAAAAGUGGGCCAUUCCACCUGACGAUGGGACUUCAGAAAUUGCCUACAGAUGACUGGCUGUUGCUUGACCGCGAAUAUGUGCGCUUGACCACCGAGAAACGGCGCGUGACGGAGGCCAACCCACUUCAUACGGUACUCAUGAGUGGCGCUGCUCGUGACGCUUUGGUCGAGGCUUACACUUUUUGCUUGGAUUAUUUGACAAUGCGGUAUCCUCAAUACUUUAUGGAUGCUGAAAAAAAUCUUCAUCAAUCUAUAGACGAAAAAAUGCCACCAUACCCAUGCCUAUACAAUGCAAUCCAUGAUGAAUACAUCCCUAAAGAUCCCAAAGCAUACCUGGCUACGCUGGACGACCCGCAUUCUGAGGAGUCCUAUAAGCACUUGAUUCGGAUUCUUGUUCGUACGAUGGAAGAUGAUUUUUUAAUUUUGAUUCGUGAAGACGCUCAAACACCCGACUCUUUGCCUCAGUACAUUUUACGAUGCGGGUCCUUUUCUUUCCCCACGGGGUUCGACCCGGCACAGAAAAUGAACACCCCAUUGGCUGAAAUUCAUAAACCCGUCCCCUUUUACCGUAAGAAAAUCGGUUCGGCUAUGGACAAGUUUUUCGUCCGCAUUAAACCCGGAGCUUGGGUCCAGCGCUUCAACUGGGGGGUUCAAACCCAUACUGACCUUUAUGCCCCAGAAUCAAAUCACCCAGCUCCAGGUGAAAUGUUAUGUGACCCAGAAGACGAACCCGACGAUUUCGACUACUCGCUUUUGGGAAUCGAUGCUGAGAAACUCGACUUUACAAAUGGUGUCUUUUUGCGCUGCGAGCGUCAGUGUCUGCUUCGUCUGCCCCAAACCAAAGCCCUUCUUUUCACCAUCCGUACUUAUCUCACCCCGCUCGCCCAAAUCCGCAACCAAGAACCCCCAGAAAACUCAGAAAACAUGAUUGCCGCCAUCGAAAACCUCCCACCUGCCAUGGCCCACUACAAGCUUGCCGAAGAAUGGGGGCCUGCUGUCAUCAGUUACCUCAAGCAUGAAACAGAUGGAAUUUAA